GGUCGCCUCCCCCGCGGGCUCGGCUGGGCCGUCUGGGCUUAUGGCGGUGCUGGUCCUGGUCCGCUCUCCUUUGCCGCGGCUUCGCGCUCUGCUGCAGCGCUGCUGGGGGCGGCUGGAGCGCGGCCUCUGGCCGGGAAUCUUCGGGGGCCAUAGCCCGCCCUGGGGACCAGCACUCGCUGUGCAAGGUGCGGCCCUUGUUCCACAAGGGAUCGGUGAUGCUGAGGCGCCCAGCCUGCCGGAGAGCGUGGUGUGGAUGGCGGCGCCCAAGCACAGGCGCACCAUCGAGGUGAACCGCUGCAGGCGGAGGAACCCCAACAAGCUCAUAGAAAUAAAGAGGAACAUUGAUGUUUGUCCUGAAUGUGGAAACUUGAAGCAGAAACACGUCCUUUGUGGCUAUUGUUACGCAAAGGUCAAAGAAGAAACUCAACUGAUCCGGAUGGAAAUAAAAAAGAAAGAAGGAGGGCCAUUUAAUGCUCCAACUGUAGAGACUGUUGUCCUUUAUGAAGGAGAAAAACCCACAGAAAAAGAUGAAGGCAAGCGGAUCAUUGAAAGAGCCAGGAAGCGUCCAUCUUGGUUUGUUCAAAAUUGAUGCUAUAGAAUUAAUGGUAGCAAAAGCAGUUGCUGCAGGAAGAGAAUUCAUGAUUUUACAGAAUUUUUUUCUCGUUCACUCAGUGUGAACAGCACUCCUCUGAACUUUUGGGAAGCCUGCUUGAAUUUUUGUUGUGCCAUGUGAUUUUCCAGUCAGGCACUGUUUCUCCAGCAUGCAGUGGGAAAUGCUUCUCAGUGGUGAUACAUCACAGCAGUCAACAGAGACAAAUCAGGAUCUGCCUUGGAUUUGGAUAUCUGUGUACCAUACCCUGAACAAUUUGUAUGCUAAUAUCCUAUGCUAAUUUUGUAAAUAACAUCUUCUAAAUUCACAGAUGUUCAAUAAAGUUUGUUAAGCGUCCCAGGGAAAUUUGCUUUCUGGUUUUGGCUACUGCUCUUUUGGAGGGGGAAAAAUGUUUAAAAGUGAUAUUAUUGAUCAGAAACAAAGGAUAUUUGCAAGGAA